CAGAUGUGGCUGCUGGGGAUUGCAGGACUUGUGAGCUGCUUAGCUGGAGCAGCAUACGGUAGUGAGGUAUGCUAUGGAAACCUGGGAUGCUUCUCUGAUGAUGCACUAUGGUGAGACACUAUUGAAAGACCUAUCUCCAAGUUACCCUGGAGCCCGGAGAAAAUCAGCACACGCUUCCUCCUCUUCACACGGGAAAAUCCAGACAACUAUCAGGAAAUUUCAAACAGGCAGUUUAUCGCAACAUCCAAUUACAAGCCAACCAGAAAGACCAGAUUUAUGAUCCAUGGAUAUUUUGACAAAGGAGAUGAGAACUGGCUUGUUGACAUGUGUAAGCUCAUGUUGACAGCUGAAGAUGUGAACUGUAUAUGUGUGGACUGCAAAAAUGGUGGGCAGACACUCAACACACAGGCAGCCAACAAUAUCAGAAUGGUUGGAGCUCAGGUGGCCAACAUGAUCUCAAUAUUUAAGGACAGUUUUAAUCAGAUGCCAGAAAAUGUCCACAUCAUUGGGCACAGUCUGGGGGCACACUGUGCUGGAGAGGUUGGACGUAGGACACCAGGACUGGGCAAAAUCACAGUCUUGGAUCCAGCUGAGCCUUACUUUCAAGACUCCUGAACUUGUCCGCUUGGACCUAUCAGAUGCCAUUUUUUUGAUGCCAUUCACACAGAUUCACUCCCCAUCUUCCCUUACAUUGGACUAGGAAUGUUCAAAACUGUAAGGCACAUUGACUUCUACCCCAAUGGAGGAGAACACAUGCCUGGCUGUGACAAAAAUAUAAUUUCACAAAUAGUGGAUAUUGACGGAAUUUGGGAAGGUACUCAUGACUUUGUUGCCUGCAACCAUCUGAGAGCCUAUAAGUACUACAGUGACAGCAUCCUAAACCCCAAAGACAUCUUUGAGUCUGGACGGUGCUUCCCAUGCACUGAUGGUGAAUGUCCUUUCAUGGGCCAUUAUGCCUACAGAUUUACAAUGACUAAUGGUGUAGCAAAGGUAAAAUAUUACCUGAACACUGGCGACACUAAUCCAUUCUCCCGUUAUCGCUAUAAAGUGAGAGUCACAACAGAUGGCACCCUCAGCAACUCUACAUCAAACAUUAAAGUGCCGUUGUACGGUCCAACUCAAAACAUCUAUCAGUACCAAGUACACAAAGGAACUCUGAAGCCUGGUCAGACCUAUGAGGUCUAUAUUGACACAGAGAAGGAUGUAGGUGAAAUUACCCGUGUGAAGUUUGUGUGGAAUAACAAUGUAAUCAACACUCUACUGCCCAAGUUUGGUGCCACCAAAUUUGAAGUGCUCAGGGGGCUAGACAGGAAAUUGUUCCAGUUCUGUGGGAAUGAAGUGGUGCAUGAGGAUAUUCUUCAGACGUUGACUCCUUGCUAAUUGCAGUAGAAUCCUCUUCAUGCAAAUAAAGUGUUUAUUGCAUCAAGGGAAACUUCUUGCUUUUAUCCAUCAGUGUGUGGAUACUGUUCUGUAAGUCUUCAAGGCAACACUAACAUACGCUUAUUGUUCUAAUCCACCUAUAAAUUUACUACUCCAAAACAGACACGUACAGUACACUCGUGGACAAAGACUGGACUAAAUUAAUGUUUAAAACAAAUUUGU